AUGGUGGGCUGUAGGUUUUAUGUGAAAGACAUUGGCCGAAAGCCGGAGGUGGCUCGGCUGUAUGGGGACACAGCAAAUGCCAAGGGGACCAUUCGGGAAAUCGUCCUGCCCAAGGGCCUGGACCUUGACCGACCCAAGCGGACCCGCACCUCCUUCACAGCAGAGCAGCUGUACCGCCUGGAGAUGGAGUUCCAGCGCUGCCAGUACGUGGUGGGCAGAGAGCGCACAGAGCUGGCCCGUCAGCUGAACCUCUCUGAGACCCAGGUGAAGGUCUGGUUCCAGAAUCGCCGGACUAAGCAGAAGAAGGACCAGAGCAGAGACCUGGAGAAGCGGGCAUCCUCCUCUGCCUCCGAGGCCUUUGCCACCUCCAGCGUUCUGCGGCUUCUGGAACAGGGCCGGCUGCUCUCCGUGCCCAGGGCCCCCAGCCUCCUGGCACUGUCCCCUGGCCUUCCAGGCCUUCCUGCCAGCCACAGGGCCACUUCCUUGGGUGACCCCAGGAACUCCUCCCCAAGCCUCAAUCCAGUACCCUCGGCCUCAGCAUCGUCCCCCCUGCCAGCCAUCUGCUUCUCCACAGCUCCGCUCCUGGACUUGCCUGCCAGCUACAAACUGGGGUCCUCGGCGUUUGAGCCAUACAUAAGGCUAGAACAACAGAAAGUAGGCAGCCCUGGCCAAAGUGGCAAGAAAGCUGACACUUAA